AUGUUGGGAGUUAAUAACCAUGAUCAGACAAUUGUCUUAGCAUGCGCAUUUUUGGGCAAGGAAACGACUGAGUCGUUUAUUUGGAUGUUUGAGGAGUUUAAGAAAGCCAUGCCAGGUGGCAAACCUAAAACGAUCAUUACAGAUCAAGAUGCGGCAAUGACCAGAGCGAUUUCAAUAGCCUUCCCGAGUACAUUUCAUCGACUUUGCAUAUGGCACAUCACAUCAAAGUUCUCUGUUAAGUUACCACAUUCUGCUUAUAAGGAGUAUUGGCAUGAAUUUCAAAAAGCCAUAUGGGAUACUGACAAUAAGGAUGAGUUUGAUGCAAAAUGGAAUAUUGUGGUUACAAAGGCUGGUUUGACUGACCAUCCAUGGCUAAGUUCAAUGUUUGAUUUAAGGGAAUCUAGGGUUCCAGCCUACGCACGACAUUUUUUUGCCGUUAGAAUGUCAAGCAGCCAAAGAGCGGAAGAGCUCAAAACAGAGGAUGCUUCUAAAGUUGUCUUUAACGUGGGCGAAAGGAAAAAUUGGGAAACAAGAGUGGCAGAAGUCGUAUAUGUCAAAGAUUCUGACCACGCAUCGUGUAGCUGCAAAAGAUUUGAAUUUGUUGGAAUUAUUUGCAAGCACAUCCUAGCAUUGUUCAGAAGGGACCAGAUUGAAUAUAUGCCGGAUAAAUAUAUUUUGAAGAGGUGGAAGAAAACUGCUAAAUCUGGAUUGGUGUCAGAUGCAAAUGGCAACAAAAUUAAAGACUCUGCAGAUCCUGGUCUUUUAAUAAAGCGGAGUACAAUGUCUCGACUUGCUUCAGAUGUGGUUGAGGAUGCAUUAAUGAGUGAAGAAGGAUGUGAGCUACUGUCAGAGACUCUAAAAAGUUUGCAGGUGAAGUUGAAGUUGUUGAAGGAUGGACCAAGUAAUAACGAAGUUGGAGGGUUCAGCUCUCAAACACAAUAUAUGAAAGACCCUAAGAGAGUGAGGUGCAAAGGAAGGUCGAAACGAGUAACGGGAGCAAAGGAAAAGGUAAUGAAGCGAGGGAGCUUCUAUAGUGAGUGGGAAGUUAUAAGGGGUGUUUUUGAGGGGUAUGUAAGAGCCGUUGGAUUUCAUCCAACGGUAAAAGAACCUAAACUUAGGCUUAAUGACAUUAGGAGUAAGCAGUUGGAGAGGAUAUUGGGUGAAGUUCUGUAA